GGAAUGUGGCAUAGGCUUUCCUAUAAAUAGAGAUCAAUCUGCACCACCUUCCUCAUCCUUCUCAAAAUCAGUCUUCGAUACAUAAAUUUCCCUUGAGCAAAAAUGGGUUCCAAGACACUUCUUUUCUUUUUCAUUUCCAUGGCUGUAGUUCUAAUGAUUACCUCAGAGGUGGCUGCCAAGUCAGUUGACAAUUCCAAGACAGUUGAGACAAAUGAGGAAGGAGAAGCCAAGUACCAUGGAGGUGGCCACGGAGGAGGCCAUGGAGGUGGCUACGGAGGAGGCCACGGAGGCCACGGAGGAGGCUACGGAGGAGGUCAUGGAGGAGGUCAUGGAGGGCACCAUGGCGGUGGAUACGGGGGCCAUCCAGGAGAAGGUAAUGGGGAUGGACAUGGAGGGUACGGGGGUGGCGGCCAUGGUGGUUAUGGACAUGGCGGUGGCGGCCAUGGUGGUUAUGGACACGGCGGACAUGGUGGUGGCGGCCAUGGUGGACAUCCUGGUGAGGCUGCAGAUGCUAAGCCUCUGAACUAAUAAAGCCAGCUUCUAGCUAGGUCAUGAUUAAUCAUGAAUGCUUAAGCAGGCUUGCUAUAAUAGUAUGUACUUUGUAAUGUGAAAUUCAAAUAAGUGCUGGAUCAGUGAUCAUGUAAUAUGCACUCCAUGUAUUUGCUGGCUAUCUAGUUCAAUAUAAUUAAGUAUAUGAGUUUGUGAUUUUGUC